AGAGGUUUCUAUAUAUAAAUGGUGUUAUCCGGUUAUGGGAGACAGCAUUUAGUAUCAUGGAGCUCCUGGUCUUUUGUUUCACACUUGUGGUUGCUGUGUCCUCUGCGCCGGAAGGAUACAGCCUGCCUACGCCUUCUGACCCGUCCUGCGGUGAAGGACAAGUAAAACACGUGGAUGGCAGCUGUGUCACACCUGAAGUGAAAAGUCGUGUCUUUGUGUAUGAUGUACCAGCAAAUGUAGCUGAGGUUAGCAAGCCAGAAUACAUUCCAGAACCUAAAGUAGAACGCAAUAUCAUUUUCGUGAGACUGCCUGAGGGUGCGCAGGGACCAGAACCCAUCGUCGUUCCACCGCCACAACAGCAACACGUCGUGUAUGUCCUGAACAAGCAGUCUGAACAGGACCAGCGAGUGAUCGAGGUUCCAGCACCACCGCCAUCCAACCCCGAAGUGUUCUUCGUGAACUACGCAGAAGGAGAGAACCCGACUCUUCCUAACGGGGUAGACCUCCAGACGGCACUGAGUUCAGCGUCCCAGGGCAACGGUCAAGUCGUGGGCGGCGAUGGCCAUGGAGGCGGCGCCGGGGGAGGCAAUGGAGGAGGUUCCAACGAAGGCAGCGUUGGCGGGAGUUACAGCCCUCCUUCGAGUAAUUAUUCUCCGCCUUCCAACCUCUACAAAACCCCAUAAAGAAGAUCAAUUCGGCUAAUAAUAUCAUACCAAAUAAUUAACAUUUCAGCCAUUUUGUACUGAAAUGCGUAGACGUAGAUUGUUUUAUAUCGUCAGCAUGUAUAUAUAUCUAAAAUUGUGAAUAAAAGAUAUCACUA